AUGUAUGUGCCUCUUAUUCCGUCACUCACCACCCCCGCACAUCUCUCCUUUUCAGCUAUGUCAUCAGCCAAUCAUUCGAUUCAAUCCGUGGAGACACCUGGCAUCAAUUCCUUCCGAUGCCGCGUGUGUAGAGGGGUCCACGCUCUGCGGAAGUGCAGGCGUUUCCUGGGCCUUCCGGCCGAAAAACGUCUUCGCGCCGUACUCAUCAACAAGUACUGCGCGAAUUGUCUGGCGCACCAACACUCCGGGCAAUCCUGCCGAAGCAAAGCGAAAUGUAAGACGUGUGGCCAGAGCCAUCACACGCUGCUGCAUUUGCCUGGAGCUCGUCGCCGACAGCGACGUCGUCCCGCUGCAGCCCCUAUCAGCGGGCCCACCUCCUCCGCCUUCGCCGGGACACCUACACCCCAAAAAGGAUCCCGCAAAGGACGACGCCACCAGGCAGCAUCCAGGGCCACGAAGGAAGCCACGCCGCCGCUGAGCACGCUGAUGCAGCACAAGGCCGUCAGCAUCCUGCCCACGGCAAUUGUCGUUGUGCAAACAGGCCAGAAAGAUUUCGAUGUGAGGGUGUUGAUCGAUCCGUGUAGCCCUACUACUCGGAUCAAUGCUUCAUUGGCAAGGGCCAUGGGUCUUUCCGCCACUAGCGUGGGUCCGGGAGAGGUGUGCACGGCGACCAUCUGCUCAAAAACAUCAGAUUUUCACAUUGACGCUAUCCUGCAAGUAGACCCGCAGCUCAAUUGCCGGACGCCAAUCCGGCCGAUCGAGCACGCAGCCAAUCCGGCUGGGAUUACGCUCGCCGACGGCAAUUGGGCUCGACCCAGUACGGUGUCUGUUGUGCUGGGGGCUGACGUGUAUCCUCACGUCAUCCUUCCAGGAAUCGUCCCCAGCACUGACGGUCGUCCCAUGGCCCAGAACACCGUCUUCGGGUGGGUCCUUUCAGGGUCCUACCAAUGAUCUGAUCCAAUGUAUAUUGCAAUCCUUGCAAGGGGGGGAGUAUGUUAAUGCCAGAUCCCAUUAACAGGAUUGCUCCUCCCCCACAGAGCCCGAUUAUGCUAUUAACAGCUUGCUGUUAAUAGCAUAACCGCUUGCUCUCAGUACUUGGCCCUCCGCCAAGUACUAUUACUACUACUACUAUUAUUCCUACCACACUACUGAGUACAACGACUUGAAUUACCGCCAUUUUGCGUGUGCUUAAUAAAAAUAAGUUUUUAAAGAAAAAUAAACACACGUGUUCUUAUUGAAGACCACAUCCCUACAACUUUGCUUAUUUGAAGACUCCACCCUGCAACAUUUGUUUUUUUAUUUUUUUUUUUGGUGCAUCGGCCGGGAAACGAACCCGGGCCGCCCGCGUGGCAGGCGAGCAUUCUACCACUGCCAGAUCCCAUUAACAAGAAUUGCUCCUCCCGCACCACACAAUGUUAUGUUGUUAACAGCAUUCUGUUAAUAACAUCACCCAGUUCUCCUACUGGUUCGCGGUACUUAGCGCCCGCUGAGUACUUCGUCUCGCGCCUCACUUGCCUCACUUGCCUCUCCUGCUUUAAUCUUAGAAAUAAAGACGAGGAAAUUA